GAUCCCUCACGAUUCACAUCCGUGCUCUCCUAGUUGUAGGUCCGGUAUCUAACCUGCAACUCUCGCGCGGGGGAUUAAUUUGUUAGUACCUCAGAUUUCUCUUGUUUUUGUUCUUGAUUGAUUGUUCAUUUGAGACGCAACUGAUAUGCAUAUAUGCGCAUGGAAAUGAGACUGAGGAAAAUAUAUGAAGGGACGGUGUGAUAAGGAAUUUUAGGAAGGGGUGUGCUAGUUCAUGGUUUUGUUGAUGCCUCCAAGAUUUUGUUGUUCGUCGCCAGCUUGGCCCGUUUCUUGUUGCUAUCUGAAUUUCUGUGCAAGAGAUUGCAGGCAGCGAGCGCACGAAUUCCAUGAGGGGGAGUGCGAGGUCUCUAGUGGAAACUGCAACCAGACAAAUCAAACCUGGCAAUGGACUUGCGAGGUUGAUGACGAUUACUACUCCCAAGAAGCAUGAGAAGGAGAUCAGCCCUACUGAAUCUGCCCUCCCAAAGGAUGAAAAUGUCGAGCCCCUCGUCGCAUUCAGCCGUCCGCCUCCUUUGCCACCGGUUCUAGGCCCCUUGAUCGCGCUCUCGCUUUUUCAGACUUCUUCUAGUGAUGAAGACAGCAAAUGAGUCGCCAGGGGGCUUGCUUGUUUGAUCGCUGAGUUGGUUACUUUUCGGAGCCUGGUCGUGUAUAUAGUCAGAGGUUGUAGACAUCAUGUUGCUGUAGUAGUCUGGCAAGUACUACGAAAUCUGAAUAAUGUAGUAGUCUUUUGUGUGACAAUUUUUCAGACUGAACAAAUUUCGAAGUC